AUGUCUAACCCCAGAGCGGCAGUGCUCCAGUGCCCUGGCGGCGGGAGCUCGGAGGCAUCGCUCGCGGCGAAGCUAAGCCUCCCAGUCAGGCCCAUCGAAGAUUGGCCUGAGGAUCACUGCGUCCUGCCGGGAUGCAGGUUCUCUUUCCUGCCCGCAAAGUAUCGGGCUCCCGUCGCGCUCCCACCGAUGAAAGUCGUCAAGGCUGUCAGUGAGCCCAAGCUGGGGCUUGGGCGUCGAAAGCGCAAGAGUGCCAAGCGCCAGGAGCUGCCAAUGCCAGAGAGCGUCCCGGGGUGCUACGGCGACUUCUGCCGAGCGGAAUUCCGCUUCCCGAACAGCUUGAAGGACAUCCAGCUGCUUGACGAUGCCUGGACCAGGCAAGGAAGGGAGCUCUGCAGCAAGAAGGUAUCUCUGUUCUCGGAUGUGACCCUGGGCCCUGUGCUCGAGCCAGAGGAGCUGGUCGCUUGCUUGGAGCACGAUCCGGAGCCGGGAGAGAAGCCGAGAGGCGAAAGAGGCGAAGAGCCGAAGGCCCGCUCGCGCCGGGCUGUGGCAGAUCCGCUUCCUGGCCAGGUCUGCUUCUCCGUGAUCAUGGAAGCUCGCAGUCAUCCCACCCUUUGCGGAUGGCUGGAAGCGCUAAGCUGGCGACUGGACCCCAAAGAUGCCGUGACCGUGACCAACGCAGCAGCCAAGCUGCAGACGGAUGAGCAACAAGGGGGUGGAUACGUCUCCAAGCGCAUGGACCGCUCUUUGGCUGGUUUCAGGUACAGGCUCAAAGUGGUGCCAGUGUGCCGAACAUGCGCGUCAGUUUACAAAAUCGUUCAUGACGUCAUUAGCAUGAUCCGAGUGCAGAGGAAGGACCUUUGGGCAGCGCGGGAGCUGCGGCGAAGACGCCAGGAGGAGGAGGAAGAGAGGGAGCGAAUCAAGCAAGCGGAGAUCGAACGCAUGCUCGCCUAUCAGAGCCAGAGGGCCUCGCGGUCGAGCCCCCGCCCGAAGGCUGCAUCCGUUAUGCUCAGACAGAGCCUCUUUCUGGAGCCAGACGUGCAGGAGUUGCUCCGACUGAUCCCCGACUCUCCGAGCGCUGGGACGCCUCCGGCCUUCCGGCCAAUCGCGGAGCCUCUAGGUGAAGAGCUGGAGACAGAGACGCAGCAACUCCGCCGGUCCAUCAGGCGCCGGAGGAAGGGGGAAGCAGAGGUAAGCAGUCCAGUCGUGGCCGACAGGCAGUAUCAGACUCAUACCCACUUGGCUGGGCCCUUUGCCGACUCAAACGCCGGCUCUCAAAGCAUCCUUCAAGUGCAGGCAAUGACGGAUGGCUUUUUGCCGCCACCGACGAAGCCUGUGCCGGGCUUGGAAGAGUGGAGGCAGCGACUCGAGGCAGCCUUCCGACGCUCGGCCACUGCACCAGCCUUGGCUUCGCUGGUCCCGGAGUCGACGAGGGCCUCGGAGUGUUCAGGGCAAGAUGGCCCUGAUGGGGCUUCGAGUGCCUGCGAGCAGCUCGACGAGAGCCCGAACUUCGCCGAGGGGCUGCCAGUCCCUGUCCCCGACACCCAGUGGGAGGAGGACUUUCGUGCAGAGUUGUACCGCCUCGAUUUGGAGCGUCUGGAGAGUGAGCAGCGCCUCCAGGCUCAGCAGCUGGAAGAGUUGGAGAGGCUACCGGCCCUUCAAGGAGGCGUCAGCCCAGAGCUUCAGCUUUGCCGCGAGUCUGUGCUGGCUUUGAGGCAAGCUCACCAAGAGCUUCGUUCGGAACUUGCUGCCGUCGUGCGAGCAUUGCCGGCAUCACAGCAGGAUGCGACAACCGGCUGCCAGCUGCUGUGA